GCCGGAAGUGAGUCUCUUGCACUUCCGGUGUGUGCGGACCGCUAUAGCAGAGUAGCGGGGAUGGUGGCGCCGUGGUGCUGAGGGGAGAGGACGAGUCUUGUGAUCGGUGGAGGAGACCUGCAGGCUGAGGGAAGCGGGCGCUUACCGGGAAGAUGUCGGCCAGCGCCGUUUACGUUUUGGACCUGAAAGGGAAGGUGAGUGGCAUGCUGCGGGGUGUGUGUAGGUAGGUAGGUGGGUGGGUGUUGGCAGGGCCGCCCUGUCUGUGGCUGCUGGCAUCUGCCCUGUGGGUAUGGUGUCUUGGGGCCUGUAGGGAUUGUCAUCAUUUAGAUGGGGGGAAAAAAACAUUAUUUUACUGCUAAUAUCUCUGUGUUCGUAUUUAUAGUAAUUUUAUUUUUUCUUCUUCAUAUGUUAUGUUGAUUUUGCUCUUUUGGAUUUAUUUUGUGGUCAGUGAACACUGGGGAUGGCAUUGCUAAAAAAAAUAUAUAUAUUUAAAAUGCAAUAAUGUAACGAAGACAUAUUUAUGUCACAUGUGAUGCGACAGAAAUAUUUAUCUCCACCACCUGGUAAAACUGUAAUUUUAAAUUUUUUUUUAUUUUUAAUUUUACUCUGUAUCCAUGUGAGACCCAGGAACCAGGUCAAAUAUGAUAUUUGACUUGUGGAAAUCAACUUUUUAUGCUAUUUCGUUAUAUUAAUUUUUGGAUACAUAAACAGUUGCAAUUGACUGUGCCUCAAGUCUGCACACAUUUAUCUAAUUCCUUGCCAUGAGCACACAGAAAUAUGGUUAAAGACAUUCUGGGCACCAUAACAACGUACGACUAUGAUGUUGUUAUGGUGCCUGGAAGCUCUGGGUGCUAUAAUGCCUUAAGGGUAGAGUGAACGAGCCACUAGAAUGUGUUGCCAAAGUAUAAUUUAUGUAUACGAAAUGAAAAAUUGUGGGCCACGUAUUAGGAGAAAAUAAUGGCAGUGUGUUAUUCUGUAAACUUCAUAAGAAAAUAAGGAAAAAAAAGACUGAAGGCUUAGUGGUUUUAUAAAUUUCCAGAACACAAAAUGGCAUUAUUUUCUCCUUUGCUGUAAGUACAUUCAUAUUAUAUGAUAUUUUUAGAUUGGUGCUAGUGUGUCAGGUUUGGUCUGCUAUGUUAUAAUAGUGUAGGAGUUAAGUUCUGCUUUACUUUUGGGGCAGAACCAGGACAUACAUGUCACAAUGGUUCUCAGAAUUAAUGGGAGUUACAGUAAACGUCUACUUUAUCUAAUUUCUGCUGCUUGUUUUAAGCUAUUCUAUGUCGUGAACAGCUCUUACCUGUGCAGUCAGCUUUGUCAGGUGGGUUGUUCACAUCACAGUGAUUAGCUCUUAGAAAGCACUAACAAACAAAAUAGAAUAAUUUCUGUCAGGUAAAUACUACUCCAGAACAUUUGGAUCAUACAGCUGGCAGUGCUCAAGGAGAGAAUGCUACUGGAAUUUACAAUUUCCUUUAAUUCUCUGAGGAUAAGAACUCAUAAAAUGAGAGAAAAAUAUUCCUUUAAUGGAAAGAAUGCAGAUACCUUUAUUGUGCCAAUCAUGAAAAGUUAAAGCGGCACUGUUUCCGCCUGGGGACUUUGCGUGGUUUGCAAAGACCCCUGACAGAAACAUCCAUGCUGGGAUGCGGUGGCCAGGGGGAGGGCAGACAAUGGUUAAUUUAACUUUCCUAAACCUGUCCCUCACUAAACAUGUGUGAGAGUACAGUACUGAGGUCUAUAGAGGAUCUUGCGAGACUGGAUCCUCCAUAGUCCGAGCCAGCUCCCUGUAGCCAUCAGUGACGGAUUGGUGGUUGAAACUUCCAGGCGGCAGUAGCUCUGCCCAUAGUUUAGAAGUGUCCGUGUAGAACAAAAAAUACCUACUUUGUCUCAGUAUAUCUUUUGACUGGGUUGGAAUUUUAUUGAACGAUGUGACAGUACUGCUUUAAUAAUCGGUUAAUUGUAAGCAUAGAAAUUCUGUUCUCUUCAUUAUAUAAAUCUAAUGAGCAAAUAGCCCUUCUCAAAACAAAUUUAGCGGCAAUGUUGUAUGCCAGUCUGGGUAAUUUGGCCCACCAUCGUGGGAUUUGGAUUUCUAUAACAGCUGGAGUGCUAUCUGUUGCCUAACCCUUAAACAUACAGAGCCAUGUUUUGAAUAAGAUUAGACGAUCAAUAAAGGUAUUACAGGAACCUUUUGCAACGUGUUAGUUUUUUCAGAACCAACCCACCCACAGCUUAAUGAAUUAAGAAUUUCCUUUAUAAACAAUGUGAAUUAUUAAGUUUAAGAAAUUAAGUGAAGAAAUGAUUUUUCAGCACAAAACACGCAUCAACGUUUCAGUCAGAGUGGACUUUUUUUCAAGACUUACAAAACCAGACCCUAGAGUGCUCUCAUCUAUUGUAUUUAUACUGUGGCUCGAGAUUGCACCAGGGCAUACACAAGACCGGGAAUCCAGAGUGCUGGGAUCAUGGAUACAAAUAUAUAUAUAUAUAUAUAUAUAUAAUAUAUAUAUAUAUAUAUAUACAAAAAUAUUAGUGUUUGUUAUAUCAAAGCCAUUUGCUCCUUCCCAAUAAAAAUACAAAAAUAUUUUAUUUACAAUAUGGGGACCAGAAGUUAUAAACCAAAUUUUCUAUAAACCUUUUAGUGUCAGAUAUGCGCUGAAUACAUUGUCAAGCCUUCAAAGGUCUUUAUAAGCAGAAUAUCCUUAAAGGCGUCCACAAGUAAUAAGUUCAGGUAAUUUUAAACUUGCCUUGGCUAGUAAAACAGUUACCAUUGGGGGUCGUUGCUAAAUAAACAAAGACACCAGGAUGGUGACAGACACUUUAAUUGUAUAUACUCCCAAACACCCACUCUUGGCACUGUAGCCAUAUCAUCUCAUUGAAGUGCUUAUAGCUUUUGGUGUCCCAUGGCGUUCCCUCACUUGAAAUGUUAUCGUAGCGGAGGGUAAGUAUCCGGGUAGGAAGCAGGGCCAGUUCGUUAGGGCAUGGUAUGCCGUCCUAAUAGUGUUUAAGCCCUCCUUCGGUAGAAUGGCAUAGCACACUCUAACGUUGGGAAAGGGUUAAGCACUCAUGGGUGAACACCAUAAGGCCCUGGAUAUUUUUUUAUAUUACCGUAUAUAUUCGAGUAUAAGCAGAGUUUUUCGGCACAUUUUUUGUGCUGAAAAACCCCAACUCGGCUUAUACUCGAGUCAAUGUCUGUAUUAUGGCAUCUUACAUUGCCACAAUCAGACCAGGACCGCCGGGCUCAUUACAAGCCCAGCGGUCCUGUUGGGGGCUGACAGUGAGCUGUAACUUACCUUCCUGCAGCUCCUGUCAGCUCCCUCCUCCGUGCAGCUCCUCUGUCAGCUCCGUUCUGCUCCCAGUAUAAAUCUUACACUGACUUACACUGUAAACAGCACGGAGAAGGAGGGAGCUGACAGGAGCUGCAGGAAGGUAUAAAAAACAUUUAAAAAAAAAUAAUGCAAAUAUUAAAAUAAUAAUAUAAUAAUAUUAUUAUUUUAAUAUCAUAUUAUUUUAAUAAUAUUAUUUUAUUAUAUUAUUAUUAUUUUUUUGUCCCCCCUCCCUGACCAGGCAACAAGCAGGGAGGGGGGACAAAAAAAACAUUUAAAAAAAAUAAUGCAAAUAUUAAAAUAAUAAUAAUAUUAUUAAAAUAAUAUAAUAUUAAAAUAAUAAUAUAAUAAUAAUAAUAAAAUAAUAAUUAAAAAAAAAUGCCCUCCCCUGAUCCAGUUUACACACACUGCACAAACACACACACUGCAUUAUAUACACAACACACAAACACACACACACUGCAUUCAUUAUAUAUAAACACACAAACACACUCUGCAUUCAUUAUAUACACACAAACACACACUCUGCAUUCAUUCUAUACACACACUGUAAAUAAAUAUUCAAUUAAUGUAAUUUUAUUGGGAUCUAAUUUUAUUUAGAAAUUUACCAGUAGCUGCUGCAUUUCCCACCCUAAGCUUAUACUCGAGUCAAUAAGUUUUCCCAGUUUUUUUCGGGUCGGCUUAUACUCGAGUAUAUACGGUAACUUUCUUUAGUUGCUGCAGCACCUCGACUUGAGUCAUCCAAUCACAAUUUGUUCUGCAAUUUAUUUUUUUUGCAGCAAACAUUUGCAUGUCUCUUGCCAUAUGUUCCUCAUUUAUUUAUACAUUUGUAAUAAAAAUUAUUUAACCCACAUUGCAAAUUAGGUUUAUUGUGAUAUUUUACAGACUUUCAGCUUUUUGCAAUGAACAAAUCAAACAAAAGCAAUUGAAACACAACAAAUACUUCAAAUGGUUUCCUCAAACUCAACUGAAAAUCCCUUAAACAAAACAAAUAUGCAAAGCAGGUGUCGCAAACUUGAUGCAACUAAUGAAGGACUUUAUUAGUUGCACCCGGUGCAGUAACACUUGAAAUACCUGAACUGGCUAGGAGUUUGACUUUCACAUCUGACUGCAUGUUAGAACAGGACUUGACAAAUUUGUUUGGAAUCUAGGAGCCAGCUAAAAAAAGUUAGGAGCCAGUCAUUUUCAAUGAGAAAAUGCAAUCCUUAAAGGGACCCUAUAGUCACCAGAACCACUACAGCUUGAUGUAGUUAUUCUGGUGUCUCUAGCCUGUCCCUGCAAGCUUUUCAGUGUAAUCACUGCCUUUUCUGCGAAAACGCAUUGUUUACAUUGCUGCUUAGUACCACCUCUAGUGACAGUCACUCGGACGGCCACUAGAGAGUCCUGAGUCACUGCUGCACCAGGUUCAGUGUCUCCAAGCUCUGCGUGGAGAUGCUGAAUGUUCCUCAUAGAGAUUCAUUAAUUUAAUGCAUCUCUAUGAGGAGAUGCAGAUUGGUACAUUUGUUGCGCAUGCAUAAAAUCCUCCCAAUGGAAAGCAUUGGCUUAGCUGAGAUCCCAAAGAUUGAUGGUACCAGCCAUGGCGAAACUGCCACGGGAUGAGAAAAUGGGGGGGAAAAGUGAGUAAAAACACCUUCCUCAUGCAGUCGGAGGGGGCAGAUGUCUAAACGCGCGCGCACACACUCUUGAUAGGUUCUCACACAUUCUUACACUCUCAACAGGCUCACAUGGAUACACAGACACACACACACACACACACACACUCACUCUGAUAGGCUCUCUGACACACUGACAGAGUAUCACAGGCACACACACUUACAUUUCUGUUUUAAUUGAAACCCACUCAGCCUCCCUACCUUUGGGAGAGCUGAGUGGGUCUUUCCCUGGGGCUGCUCUCCUCCUGUGUGCGAGGGAGCAGUACUCUGCCUGUAGCUCCUCUUUGCUCCCUCGCGCUCUGUAAUGAUGCAGGGGCCGGAAUUAUGUCAUAAUCCGGCUCCCGACAUCAUUAGACAGCGCCAGAGAGCAGCUGCAGGCAGAGUACUGCUCCCUCUUGCGCCGCCCACAAUGCUCCUGUGGGCGGCUGCCUGCCUCCAUGCUCUUAAGGGCGUCUACCCACCUUUAAUGUUGCACGUGACGGCCGCUGUCAAAGCUCCCUCGGCAGGCCACACUAACUAGAGAGCUGGCAAAACCCAGGCACCAGGGAGAAAUUUCUGGUCGCCAUGGCGACCUGGCGCCUGGGAUUUGUCGAGCCUUGUUUUAGAAUAUGGCAAAAUAAUAGUCCACAAAGUUAAUAGAAGAGAUCAUCAUCCUUCACAAACAAGGGACAGGAUACAAAAAUAUAGCAAAGGCACUGAAUGUUCCUAGUGACAAAACGUUGAAGAAAGAGUGGUUACACUACCAGGACUGGGCAGAAAAAUUAAGUUGUCAAUGGUUGCAAGCAGAUUUCUGAGAAGGCAAGUUGAGUGACCUCAAAAGACCUGCUGCAACACUUGGUGGCAACAAGCACUGUGGUUUCAGUGAGCACAGUAAGGCACAUACUAAAUGCAGAAAGUUUCCAUGCCAGAACUCCAAUACGUACACAACAAGUGACCCAAAAAAAACCAAGAAAAGUUGGCUCCAAUAAGCUCAAAAUCAUGUAAAUAAGCAACAGACGUUUUGGGAUUCUGUUCUGUGGAGCGAUGAAACAAAACUGUAACUUUUUGACCUAAUGGAUCAGCGGUAUGUCUGGAGGAAAAAGAAUGAAGCAUACGCUGAAAAGAGCACUUUGCCUACAGGUAAGCAUGAUGGUGGCUUGUUGAUGCUCUGGGGCUGCUUUGCAUAUUCUGGCACUGGAAACCUGCAAUGUGUGGAAGGCAAGAUGGAUUCAUUGAAGUAUCAGGAAAUCCUAGGCAAAAACAUCAUGCCGUUUGUGAGGAAGCUUGGGCGUCAUUUGACCUUCCAAAAAGACAAUGAUCCAAAGCAUAUCUUAAAUUUCACCAAGGCUUGGUUGUAGUAGUAGCUCUGGAAAAUUCUAGUGGCCACCAGUCACCUGCCUUGAACCUCAUAGAAAAUUUCUGGUGGAAUUUCAAGAAGGCGGUUGCAGUGUGCAAACCCAAGAAUAUUACUGAACAGGAGGCCAUUGCUCAUGAGCAAUGGGCUAAGAGUCCUCUGGAACGAUGCCAGAAGCUGGUAUCUGGCUGUGCAGCUCAUUUGCAGCAGGUCAUAACAGCGAAAGGGUACUCUACAAAGUACUAAAGAUGCUUCCCAUUAAGGGGUUGAAUAAUGUUGGUUGAAUUUGGAGAAACCACUUGAAGCAUUUUUUUUAUUUUAUUUUUUAUCUAUUUCCAUUGUUUUUAUAUGAAUUGUUCAUUGCAAACAUCUGAAAGUCUGUAAAUUUUGACAAUAAACCUGAUUUGUAGAGGCGUUUGAAUAAUUUUGAUUACAACUGUACUGAAUAUUAUCCUGAUCUUCGUUUACUAACACACCCAUCUCUGAUUUUAGUGUAACUACUCAUUCUUUUAAAUUUUUUUUUUUUUACUUUUUAUAGCUUUGCUCUCUUUGGCUCUGAUUUUCUAGUUUAGCCCAUCUAAUUGCCCUUUUGCUUGCAUUAUUGGCUUCCUUAAAUCUUAUAAAAGAUGCCUCUGAUUUUUCUGCUUUAAAUUCCCUUUACUUAUUUUUUUUAUUUAUAGCCUUACAUUCCCAAUAAGCCAUGUUGGUUUCACUUUUCUUUUAUAUUUAUUACUCUAUGGUAAAUACUAAGAAGUUUAUUUGGUAGGAAGUGUCAUUUUUAGAAUUUGUUAAAAGAUAUCCCAUUUAUCCAUUGUAUUUUUCUUUUUUUAAUAAAGAGUUUAUUUCAGUCAAUAUGUUGUAAAGCUGCCUUUUAUCUUAUUGAAAUUGGCCUUUUUAAAAUUAAAUGCAUUUGUAUACCUCAUGUGCUUUAGCUUUUUUUAGUUUAUUUUAAAGGUCACCAUAUUGUGAUUGCUAUUUCCCAAGUGCCCUCAACUGCUUGACAAAAGCUCAACAUUGUUUGUUACAACCAGAUCCAGACAAGCUUCCUUUCUAGUUGGUGUUUUACCAAUUGUGACCUGAAGGUGUCUUUUCAUAGGUUCAAAAACCUGAUUACUCUUGCUGAACUACUAGCCCCUCUAUCCCAAUUAAUUACUGGGUUGUUAAAGUCUCCAAUAAUUAAUGUUACCAAGAUUUGCCGUUUUUCGAAUUUGCUCUAACAGCUGUUCUUCUUCAUCAAUAUAUCAACAUAUCCAAACCCAGUGGAUCCCAAACUUUUAGGUUUAAGGCGACCUUAAUAUUGCAAUAUUUUUACAAGGUGCCCCAAGGCAAAACAAAGUUCUAGGUUGUAUAUCUAUAUAGCGCCGCUGCAUAUACUGCUGGUAUAGCAUAAUAUAUUGUGUUUAAACAAAGAGGUGCAUGUAUAUCAUUUUAGUGUUUUAAUGCAGGGGUUUGUUUGUAUGUAAUGAUUGCGUUUGAUUUCAGGGGGGUGUUUGGAUGUAAUGUUAGCUUUUAAAUGUGGAUUCACAUAGACACAUACAAACACACACACACCAUGACCCAGAUACAAACACAUACAAGUUAUAAUUUUUAUAUUUCCAGCCCCCCUCCUGUUGGCUUACCUUGUGUCCAGAAGCUAGCUUACUUGGGUCCUGGCUGAGGUUGAUGGGAGUGAGCUUGCAGCAGCUCACUACAGGCUCACCUCUGCCUACUUGCAGCUUGACUGCUGCCUUCAGCCUUCUCCUCCAGCCUUCUGCUCCCUCCUGCGCGAUGCUCUGUAAAGCUGGGAGGAAAUAACACGCUGUCAUUUCUUCCCAGCAUGCAGAUAUCACAGGGACCCGGUGCCGAAUGGGCCCCUGAUGAGCCGUAAAACGGUUGAAUGGGCCACACGAUGGGUUUUUUCACGACACCCCUGUAUACCUGUCACCCCAGGGCGCUGUGGCACACCAUUUGGGAACCACUGUCCUAACCAAUAAUUGAUUUCAUUUCUUUCACCCAAGCAAAAUAUCUACCCAUUUUUAAAAUCAGUCCUGCCACUUUUAUUUAGAUGCAUUCCUUUAAAAAUUAAUGAAAACACAUUUUGUCUUCUCAGAUAAUGCGUUGAAAUGAGGCAUUCAUGAAACAAAGUGUUUAUACCAAAAAAAAAAACAUUUUUGUUUUUAAAAUCUAUAAUAUUUGCAAUAACAUAGAACAAAGUAAACUGGACAUUUGAAGUUCCCCACGUGGGAUGCCAUUGCUCAUCAGUGAGGGUGUUAAAAUUUAUACUUUUUGCCAAUUCAUACAAGCUGCAUCAAGACACAAAAACAGCUAUGAAACAGGAAAGACAAAUACAUUCAAACUCUUCUACAAACUAUUUCCUCUUUUUCUUUCUUUUCUCUCCCCUUCCCCCUUUUUUUUUUAUUUUUGAGACUCUUACCUUCCUUCUCCUAAAAAAAUUACUUGGUCAUCUGUUUCAGAGGCUCCAUGUCUAAAGGUCACAUUUGCUUACAAUGCUUCACAUACCUGUAACGCACAAGCAAACAUUAUUUACAGCUUCAUUGGCAGUGCAAUAUAGAGGAGUAUAUAAUCUGCUACGAUUGGCAGUAUUAUUUGGAAGUUACCACUGAAACAAUUAGUCUCUUACACAAAGAACAAGGCUGCAAAACUAUAUAUAUAUAUAUAUAUAUAUAUAUAUAUAUAUAUAUAUAUAUAUAUAUAUAUAUAUAUAUAAUGUGUUAAACAAAAAUGUACAGAUUUUACUAUUAACAUGACGUAAAGUCAGGAUUUUAUUAAUGACCAGGAGGUUCCUAUUAUGCUGCACUCUUUCUUUAUUUACCUCAGCAGCAAAGAAAAAUAACAUUAAAUCAGUAUAAAAGAAACCAGUAAAUAACAUGAGAGGUAUAUCUUCCUAGCAACAGGAACAGCCAAUCAGCAUCCUCUUUAUAGCAUAAUAGGCAGUGUCCAGUAUACUACUUCCUCUUUCUUGCGAUCCCGAACAAGGACAACAAAUCCAAAUGAAAAGUGGGCUCCAGUAAGAGGGUGUGCGAGCCCUAACCUGGAUCUUGAAGUCAAGCUAGAAGCUAAAGGAGAAUAUGGUUAUAUCCAAGUAUAAAACUGGAUUUAUGCAUAAGAUUGCAUUACAUGGAAUAUCAGAUAUUAUAUAUACACAUAACAUGAAAUUCAGUUUAGUCAAACCUUAAGCUCUUGACAGUCAUUAACAAGGAUAAAACCCAGUAAUCAAAAAAGACUUACCGUGAAGUCAACUUACCAAGAGAAGACCAAACCUCCAGGGAUGGGAGGGAGGGAUAAUACUCGCCUCCGUGUCAUUAAUAAAAUCAUGACUUAACGUCAUGUUAAUAGUAAAAUCUGUAAAUUUUAUUAAGACACGGAGCUGUGAAAUUAUGUCUCCUGUGAAGUGUUGAAUAGGUCUAAAGUAGAAAUCAUGGAAUGUAGACUCCGAAGACCAACCGCUCUCAUAUCCUCCAAGCGACAACCAAUCGAGGAAGCCGAAGAAGCCAUUGCCCCACAAACCGAAUGAGGCACAGACAGAUAGGUAUCAAUACCUGCUAGAGACAUAAUGUAUUUUACCCACCAGGCUAGAGUAGAUACCGGAAGACGCGACUUUUGAAAGGAGAUGAAGAGUUCCUAUUUCAAAGGAUUCCGUAACGUAGUGGAUGGAAGUAUGCAACAGGGCAAAGGAGAGAUCUAUUAGAAAAAACUGAGUAGAAUUGAUUUAGAGGAGGUUUUUGUCCUCUGAGAAAUAUCAAAGAGAACACCUGGAGUAAAGGAACGAGCAACCACCUCAAGAGCUCUUACAUCAGAAAAACCUCUUGCAAGAAAAAAAAUUCACGACAAUAGAGACGUCCCACAAGACAGAGUAUCAUGGUAAGAGUGGAUGAGCAAACCAUAUUCCUCAGAGAAGUCAGCAGAAAUGGACGAUCGGUAAGGUCCACAGUGCGAUAGGCUUUACCUUCAUCAUAGAGGUCAGAAAAAUGGAGGACAGACUUAAAAGGAGCCGAUAUGGGAUUUAAAUUUCAUUUCAUGCACCAACUAUGCCAUCUACUCCAAGCAGAUUUAUAAGCCUCUCUCGUGUUUGGUGCACCUUUGAUAAGUUAGAGAGUUGGUUGCGAAACUCCCUCGACCGACCAAGGUUACCUGAAAUAGACUACAUCAUGAUAUGCAAGAGAACUUAGAGAACAAGGGGAUGAGGCACACCGUCUGGAUCCUGAAGAAGGCACUCGAGAUGGAAGGUCGAUUAAAUCUCCUGAAGAGGAGAGAACUACGGUUGGGACGGCGAUAGAGGAGCCACGAUCACCAGGUGCCGGACUGGCGAUGUAGAGGGAAAGGCAACAGGGAAUCAGUGCAAAGGGCAGAAAAUCGUAAUUCCUUGGAGAAAACAUUCAUAGUCAGUGCUGUCGGAUCUGGUCUCCAACUGAAAAAACGGGGAAGUUGAGCGUUCAAACAAGAAACGAAAAGAUCUAUUUCCAAUAAACCCCAUAGGUUCCAAAUGUCUUGGAAGACCGUGGAAUCCAAGUGCCAGUCACUGGAAUCUCUGAGUUGGUGUGAAUACCAGUCCGCCGUAGUGUUGGAGAGACCUUGAAUAUAUGCUGCUGUUAAUGAAAUGCUGUGUAUCAGGCAAAAUUGCCAGAAAUUGCGAGCCAUGUAGGUCAGAAUUUUGUAUCUUGUGCCUCCAAGUGAUUGAUGUAGCGGACAGCUGACACGUUGACCAUCUUCAGAAAGAUAGCGCAUUGAGUUUGGGAGAAACUGCGGACUGCAAAGGAACUGGCCAGAUGUUCCAAACAAUUGAUGUGGAGUGUCGAUUUCAGGUUUGAUCAUCUGCCUUUGGUGGAAAUAUUUACGCAUUGAGCACCCCAACCGUGCAAACUUGCGUCUGAUUUGAUGAUCAAAUCUGGAGCUGUACAAAAUCUGGUGCGCUCAUUCCAAGCUUCCAUGUGAAGAAGCCACCAUUGAAGUUCAUCCUUCACUUCUGAGUCCAGAGUUACCAUAUCUGUGUAUGUGUAGGGCUCUACAGCCAAGAAGACCUGGAAAAAUGGCCUGUAUAGAUGCUGCCAGAAGGCCUAACAUUCUCAGCAGUUGUUUGAGAGAGAGUUGAGGGGUUGCUAGUGUUCGCCUGUCUCCUUCUUGAUAUUGGCUAAUUUUGCCACCGGAAGGUGUAGAGUUUGAAGGGUAGCAUCUACAAUAAUCCAAUAUAACCCAGAAAUUUUAUUUCUUGCGUGGGAACGAUAAUGGAUUUCUCCCAAUUGAUCAGGAAGCCUAGGUUCUCUAACAGUCAAAGUCCAUGCAAGGUAUGUCCGGAUUAAUUGAAUAGACUGAGCCAGAAUAAAAAAAUGGCGUCUAAAUAUAUUAUAAGACGUACUCCCCGACUCCCGUAGCAGGGCGACCAUUGGGUUUGUGAGAUUGGUGAAGCACCAUGGAGCCAAAGACAGUCCGAAUGGGAGGCACCUGAACCUCCAUUUACUGCUCUACCAUGUAAAUUGCAGGAAGUUCUUGAUCUUGAUGUUGUACUAUGAGAUAUGCAUCCAAUCUGCUGGUUGGAGAAGAUCCCUUAAGCAAUGCCCUCCUUCCAUCUUGGAAGUGCUGAUAUGCUCAUAACCAUUGAGCUGUCUCAAAUUUAUCACUGAACGGAUACCUUCGCCUUUUUUGGGAAACAAGAAAAGGUUGCUCUCGUAACCCAGGGUAUGGGCUGGAAUCUCUACGAAGGAUUGUCCACGGAGAUACAGUCUGCGUCUCAUUGGGAAAAAACAAUUUCCCUCGAUGGGGAACAUUGAACAGGUAGAGAAAGGAAGUCUAUGCAAUACCCUUUCACAGUGUGAAGAACCUAAGCAUCUGAUAAAAUGAGGGACCAUACAUAGGAAAAAUGUGUGAGCUUGCCACCACUAUCAGUAAGGAAGAAUGGAAAUUGUGAAGACUUCUUAGGACCUCCUCUUAGGCCACUAACAACCUACGGUCGACCACGUCGUGGGAAAGAGGUUGGUAUAGUGCAUUGUUCAAAGAAAUCGGCUCGGCCAAUAUAAGAGCCUUGGUUCUGUCUAAAAGAACUACUGUUUGUUUAGCUGGACAAAGGAGCCCAAUUCUUUUACAAAGUUGUCCCCAAAGAGAGAACCUUUUGCCUGUGUUAUCUGGCUCGUUCAGAGCCAUAGUUACACGUUUGGGCUCAAUCUUGAGCAAGAUCGAUUUGCGGCGUUCUGUGACAACCGCAUUGUUGGCGUUGCCAACUUAAAUCACUCUCUGGAUCUAACCACUUAAGAUGGUGCUAUCUAAUUCUAGGUCAUCCUCUACUGCUUCAAAGAUCUUGGCUGCUGAGCCCAAGAUGUCCAGGAUUUUAUCCUGACCGUUUUGCAAUGAAAAUCUAAGCCUUUAGUGGGCUUCCAUCCUGUCUUACACAGGAAGUGAAUGCUCUUAGGAUCAACUGAUAGCGUUUUACAUGAGUCAUCAGGGACUGUUCGGUGUGGCCAUUCAGCCCACAAUUUAUUUCACUUUGCCUUCUCAAAAGGCUUGCGUACUCUGGAUGCAAUAUAUAUGGCUACAUGGUCUGAGGAGACCACUGGGUUACAUAGGUCAUCCAGUUCGAAUAGGGUUUCACAUUGAGUGUCCAAGAUCCUAUCGGUGUCCGCAUAAUCUACAUCAAUUUUGGUAGAUUUAACAGGACGUGUAUCCCGAAACGGGAUUAGCAUCCUCUUCAUCAGUAAUUUCAUAAUCAGGAUCAGAAAUAUCCUCUGAAUCCUCCAUAUAGUACUCAGGGAACUCUUUCUCAAUAUCACUGACCUCAGAUUCAGAGUUCAAUUGGGCCUUUGCCCUUUUCCAAAGUCUAGUCGAUUUUGCCCGACUAGUAGCUCUUUUGCGCGGUGGUAAAUUAAUUGCGCCAUCCCGUGACAGGUAUGGUACUGUCUAUCUCUAUUGUUUUGGAGGAGUGUUUAGCCUUAUAUAAGGCCUUGCGGCCAGGUUGAAGCAGAGAAGGUGUGAGUACAGGUACACCUCCAUAUAGAACUCGGGGAACUCCUCCUCAAUAUAACUGACCUCAGAUUCAGAGUUCAAUUGGGCCUUUGCCCUUUUCCAAAGUCUAGUCGAUUUUGCCCGACUAGUAGCUCUUUUUCGCGGUGGUAAAUUAAUCGCGCCAUCCGUGACAACUAUGGUACUGUCCAUCUCUAUUGUUUUGGAGGAGUGUUUAGCCAGGCUGAAGCAGAGCUGGUGUGAGUACAGGUACCGCCGCCUGAGCCGAUCUCUGUGCCUGUAACAGGGUCUGGGCAAAUAUCUGUGAAGUGAAUCAGACAUAACCCCCAUCACUGACACCAGGGCCUUCUCUUUUGCCAUGGAAGUGUCAGUUAAAGCCUGCAUGUCAGCAGGAUCAGUAAAGCAGAAAAUCAGCCUCAUCUCCAGAGAUACCUGGAGAGGCUUCUAGAGCAUGUUUGCUCUAGACCCAGAAGGCACAGAAAGAUCCUGUCCGACUGCAUCAUAAAUAUACAAACAAACCUAAGGGGAUGAAUAAAGUAAAAUAAUACCAAAAGAAAAGGGUUGAGUAACCCUCAAGUACAAAUAAAUAACUAAACAGGAUAAAGAAAUGAAAGUACUCACAAUAGUGAAAAAAUAGCAAUAGUAAUAUAAAAACACAGGAGCUGCCCGGCUGCCACUAUAACUAAUACCCGACUUGGAUUUCUGACAGUUGGGGGCAGAGCAGCGGCCAGACAGAUAAAUGAAGGGUAAAAACAGCCCAAUAGCACUGUGCAGGGGAUAAAGAUCCUCAAAGACGUCCCUGAGCCCCAAUUGAUGGUAAUCUUGGGGCCAGGGAGGUCAGAAGGGAAAAAAAAUUUGGUUCUUGCUUUCAUAUCUCUACAUAAUGCUGCUCCCACCUAUCUAUCCUCCCAUAUACACAAGAAUGUCCCGUCUAGGCCCUUAAAAUCUGCUGAAGACGUACGUCUAUCUUCUGUCUGUACUCCCACCUCUGAUGCUCGCCUUCAAGAUUUCUCGAGGGCUGCACCGUUCCUGUGGAACUCGCUUCCCUCCUCCGUUAGAUGCUCACCCAGUCUCCACUCCUUCAAAAAUCGUUAAAAACCCACUUCUUCAUAAAAGCGUAUCAAUUAAACUGUUAAUAGCUCCUGACUGAUUCCUCUUCUGCAACUGUCACUAGUCUAAUACUAUCCUUACCUUUUUGUGUCAUUUUACCCCACUCCCUCUAGCAUGUAAGCUCAUUGAGCAGGGCCCUCAACCCCUCUUCCUGUGUGUCUGGUUACAACUACAUGUCUGUUCGUCCACCCAUUGUAAAGCGCUAAGGAAUUUGACGGCGUUCUAUAAAUAAUCAUAAUAAUAAAAUGAUAUACAAUAAAGCAUAUAACUGAAGCAAAUGAAGUAAAUAAAUCAAAUUAAGUUAAAAUGAAGUAAUUAAAUAUAUUUAUAAAUAUGAAAAUAUUAUAACUGAAAUGUAAAAACUACAAUAACUAUAUUACCCGCAGUAAUGAUAUGAAUAAAGAAGAUUCCACAGUUAAGAACCAUGGGACCCAGUGUCACUUAACUGAGGGAGCAGCAAAGAAAGAGGAAGUAGUAUACUGGACACUGCCUAUUAUGCCAUAAAGAGGAUGCUGAUUGGCUGUUCCUGUUGCUAUGAAGAUAUACCUCUCAUGUUAUUUACUGGUUUCUUUUAUACUGAUUUAAUGUUAUUUUUCUUUGCUGCUGAGGUAAAUAAAAAAAGAGUGCAGCAUAAUAGGAGCCUCCGUGUCUUAAUAAAAUCUGCACACCAGUCAAGCCAUAAGACUUGCUUUUCCCACAGAAAUCCCAUAACUGCAGCGAUGUUACAACCGCAAAGGAUUCUGGGUGGGCAUAUGCAAAUUAGUUUAACAAAGAAUCACAUGCUUGACUGGUGUGCAGAUUUUUGUUUAACAUUGUAGUAAUAAUCCACAGACUUCAGGUGGAAGGGGUUUUCAAUCACAAUUUUUCACCACCAUAACCUGUUUGGAGAUAUAUAUAUAUAUAUAUAUAUAUAUAUAUAUAUAUAUUCUAUUGCUAAGAUAAAAGCAAUACUGUAGGCAAAUAAAUCACAGAGCUAAUUGUUUUAGAGGACUGUGGUAUACAAACGUAGCAAAAAUGAAAACAAAUCUUUCUUAAUAUUGUUAUCUAGCAUCACUUAUAUUUUGCCCAGGUCACGGAAUAGGAAAAAAAGAAAAAUGAGACAGAACAUUAGUCACAUCACUAGUGAUAAUGUUAUCUUGUGGGUAAGAACAGCUGAAUGUCGCAUAAUUUCUUUAAUUUCCAAAUGUCAAGAUUAGUUUAAUCUUGACUUUGGUAAGUCAGCAAGUAGUGAAGUAUUCUAUAAUCCUGCAAUAGAUUGUAAAGCUGCCAAAACAUGUAGAAAGUAAGAGAAUAAUUUUGGCCAGCUCCACAAGAUACGGGCGUACAUUUUCCUGCCUUUUCACCAUCUUCCAUUAAAACCUUUUAUUAUGCAUUCCUAAAAUAAGUGGUGAUUUAGGCCUCUUCUUGUUCUAAAAUUGUUAUUGUCUAUUCCAUGACAACUCUUAGAACAUAAACACUGGCUGCCAUUAUAAAUAGGAGCUGUUCGGCUCCCCUAUAGGCAAUUACUCCCAGGCAUAUAUUACACAAUUUUAAGACUAAUUUUAAGAUUGUGGUAGAGACUGAGGGAGCUGUGCAAAAUGUCCCUAAUAAACAGCUAUGCUGCAUCUCAUGUAAACCAUGCAUUGCAAUAGUAUUGCAUCCUAGACACUGGAACUGAGGAUCCCAUUAAAGAGAUGCUAUGGCCCUCUUGACUAAAAACUUAUUUGGUAUGCAUAGUAGUUUUAAAGUUGUGUUUUUUUUUUUUUUUUCUUCUUCUUCUUUUCAAUUGUAAGUGAAAGGGCAUGGAUGGAUAGCAGUGAUGUGGGAAAUGGAGGUCUGCAUGGAGGGAAGUAGGGCUCUAGCAACAAUUAUAAGUGAAAGGGUAUGGAGGGUUGACAGCACAGACCGAGGCUUCAUUUUAAAGGAACACUAUAGUGACAGGAAUACAAACAUCUAUAGCUGCAAUAUCCCUGUUUAGCUCUCCUGUAACCAUUGUAAAAGGUUACUCACCUUUAUUCCAGCGCUGUGUGGGUCUGCCAGCGUUUGCUCUGCCCGAUCUGCCCCCUUGGCUGAAAUACAAAUUGACAAUCUCUGCCAAUCCAAUGCUUUUCCAUAGGAUGCUGUUCAAUCAGCAUCUCCUCAAAGAGAUGCAUUGAAUUAGUGCAUCAGUAUGGGGGAAUGUUCAGUGUGCAGGUGCUGAACUUUGUGCAUCACUGACCUAGGAAGCAUAUCUAGUGAUUGUCUGACUACCACUGGAGAUGUCCCUCGGCAGUAAUGUAAACACUGCCUUUUCUCUGAAAAGGCAGUGUUUACAUUAAAUGCUUGCAGGUACUCACUAUAGACACCAAAACGUUAACCAUUGAGGUUUAUGGUUUUUUUUUUGGUGACUGUAGUGUCCCUUUAAUGCUAUCUGAAGGAGAAGGAGAAAGGGUGAUUGUCCUCAUUCCAUUCAUUAAAUACUUCAUACGCUGUUAAGAGGCAAUUUGUUUUGAAUGCAGAUUAUGUGACUAGGUGACAGCAGAACAAUUCAUUAUUGAAGUGAGUUUCUUGUGAAAUACUUCUGUAUCGACUUACAAAACAAUUAUUAACUUCACUUAUAUCAACUCCACUUUCAAUGUUGUUUUUACAAUGUGCCAGCAUAUCCUCUACCUAUGUGAAUAAUUAAUUUGCAGUGCUUUUUUGUUUUUUGGUUUUUUUUUGGGAGGUGGGUGGGCGGCUUGGGAGUUAAGUUGGUUGUCUAAUCUACUUGUCUGUCAUGACAAUCAAUUUGUGCUAACACGCAAAAUAAUUUCAGAUUGUGAGCCUGCUUGGAGCCCUGGCCAUUGACCAUUUUUAUUUAUUUAUUUUUAACUAAACUACAAAUUUUCACAAACCAAAUCCAUGUGGAACAACUGAGGCAGAAAAGCUAUCAAAAAAAUCUUAUUUUGGGGGGGGAGGGGGGGGGGGUUUGGAUUUUAUUUGCGAAGAUUUUACACAUUCACAAUCCAGCUCCACCAUCCAAUGUGUGCAAUGUUUGUUGUGUGCGUUUGUUGUCCAUGUGUGGUUUGUUUGUCUCUACUGUAUACAGAUGUGAUGGUGGGUGCUGGCUGUUUUGUAAUGUGUGUGGAUAUGCUACCUGCUCUGCUCCCUUUCCAGUAAUAGACAAAGAUUGUAUUUGUUUCCCCUCACUAAACUAUUGCCUCCCAUGUACAUAAUUAAAAUAAAAAAUGGUCACAUAAGGUAAGAUCACUGUCACAGUUACUAAAAGUUAGGCUUGUUAAAAACAUUGGCUGUAGCAAUCUCUGACAAAGAAUAAUAAAAUACAAUAAAAAGGUAUCCAUAAACGAGCAUGUUCUGAGGAACACAGUCACACUUCCUGUUCCUUAUAAUGCUAAAGAAUUGCAGUGGUCUCGUAAGAUUUAACAUUUUGUAUGAUUUCCUCAAAAUAAUAAUUUCCUCAAUGUCAGUCAUAUUUUUUUUUUUUUUUAACUACGUCAGCCACACAUGUAUAUUUAAUAACUGUUUUUAGGAACAAAAUAUUGUAUUUUCUUGUUCUCACAAGUUUGGAGUGUAUAAAAAUAAAAACGGAUGUUUCCUGUUCUGCUUAGUUUUAGAGGUAAAUUGCAGUGGCUUUUAUCUGCGCUGUUAUUGUUUAAUAGAGUGGAAUAACACAUUAUUAUUUUUUUUUCCCAGUGUUAUUAGCAAAAGUAUUAUUUACAAAAUGUGUAAUAGAAGGGAAAACAAGUAAUUUAUAUGCCACAAGAAAACAAGCAAAGACAAAAAAGUUACUUACGCACUAGCCCAACUCUCUAUGUAUAUUUAAAUAAAUUGUGGUUAUUUAGUAACUCCAAUGACCAUUAGAUGUAAGCCCACCUGCCACAUCAAGGCAAACCUCUUAAGUGGGUUCUACACAAACAAUUCCCCUCUAUUCAUUGAGCUUCAGGCAAAGAAAUCUCUGAGACAGAGAGGGCUAUUUUUCUAAACCGCUACAUAUUUAUAAACCCUUAAUAAGGAAUACAUGGAAUGGGUGGCAGCAUUGUAACAUGACUGUGUGAUGCAAAAGUGAAUACAAAUACACAAAAAUAAGUCCUGCGCUCAAACUCCCACUACUCAUGGGCGGCAGCAACAACCAUAGCGCACAUCAGCCCCAAUACAUACAAAACAAGUAAAGAAAAGAGUAUAUGCCACAUGAAGUCUGUUUAAAACACCCUUAUUGCAAAAUUCUUCCUCCAUUAGCCAUUGGCAAAGGAACGUUUUGUGUUGGAUAAUGGUAUAAUCCCCAUCUGACCUUGUGCAUUUAUUAUUUCUAUAACGCCAACAUAUUUUGCAGCACAUUACACUCGUAGAAUGAGAUGAGUAGUUGACCUACAAGAUAAGAGGCCAGAGGUGAAGAAGGCCCUGCUCAAAUGAGCUUACAAUCUACAAGAAAAAUUUACGGAAAUGGAUUCCAAUUGAUAUUAAAGAGCAAACCCAUUUGUCUGUUCUGAUAGUUUCUAUUAGCAGGUGUGUGCAAAAUUUAAUUUGAGACAUGCUCAGCUGUGAAAAAUAAUCUUUUUUUAUUUUACACUCUGCAUGUAAAGUUCGUUAUUGGUAAUGCUUACUGACUAAGCUUUUAUUAAAAUUAGUGGUUUUUGGGGAAAAUAUAUUGUACAUUUUAUAGCCUGACAAUUAAUAGUGGAAAAUGAACGUAACCAGUAUCUUUCUACUCUUUCUAAUUUACACAGAUUUCUAGAACAAAAGUAGAGUAGUUUCCCAAGACUAUAACCAUUAAAAUGCAAUUUAUUUUUUUCUCUCAUUUUCUAUUAAGGUUCUUAUUUGCCGUAACUACCGAGGAGAUGUUGAUAUGUCAGAGGUAGAGCACUUCAUGCCAAUCUUAAUGGAGAAAGAGGAAGAAGGGGCACUAUCACCCAUUCUUGCCCACGGAGGAGUCCGUUUCAUGUGGAUUAAGCACAAUAACCUAUAUCGUAUCCUAUCUGUUUUAUUAUGCAUUGAACAGUUACCGUAACUCUUAAGUUUUCAUUCCACUAAAGCUUCACACCUUUACCAAUGACAGGAAGUGGUUUGAAAGACCAAUGUUUAAGUGGUGUUUAUUGCAGACCUCAAAAUUUUCACUUACCUACUAGCCAUUGAUGAGUGAAAAUUCAGUCCUGAUAAAUAAAAAUCCCCUCAGCGUGAGUGUGCCAUGGACCUUUCUGGUUUGCAUUGGCAUGUAGGACUUGCAGUAAAUGUAGUACAUUUUGAGCCCUGUCUUUGUAUACCAAGCACCCAAUUUGGUGUCCAGUUGGGUUUGGUUUAUUUUACUAAAUGACUGCAAAAUAUGGAUGUGUGCGUGAUUUGUUGAGAAACUGAGGAGGAGGCAGUCAUUUACAUGCAGGUAUUCCACACAUUUUUAAUUCAUCUGCACAGAUAUCCUAAUCCUCCUUAAAGGGGAACUGUUAAUUCUCUGGAAUUUUUUACAAUUAAAUACAACAUUGAAAAGCAACUAUAAUUUGUGUUAAUCUAGUUUUUCAUGAGAUACAUCUUUAUAGUAAAGAUUUCAUAAUCGACAUUCUAAUCUGGGUCAAGCAAGGUGAAAUUUCCAAUUGAAGAGGAAAAGUAAAAACAUUGUGUCAUUUCUCCUUUUCUUCUAUGCUUUCUUUGUGCUAACUGUCAGAUUCAAAGGGCAAAAUUUGUAACAAUGAUUAAUGGAAGCUCCCAGUUACAGGUGUGGAUUUUUACAUUGUGUUUAAAUGUAAAACAACAAAUGCCUUUUCAUUAGAGUUCAUUAUUUUCCAGAAAUAAGGUAUGAAUGAUAUCUGUCUGUGUUUUACCCUAUUUAUGUGCAUUAUGGCACAUGGACGCAUAUCUAUUUUUUGCUUUACAAUAAAGGAUUUUCCCCACCAUACAUCUAGUAGCUAUCUGCUGGAUAGGAGAUAUGUACACAUUAACAGACCACUGCACCUCUUUUAAACCUGAAGCUGUGAAAAAAAUGCCCAGAGUAGAAUCACUUGCAGUAUUUUGAUAUGCAUCUCAUAUUACCUUUAUUUUUUGAUUGGGUCACUCCAUGCAGCCAUGCGAAGUGAUUCAUUUGCCAAAGUUACUGACAGCCUAACACUAAUACCCACAGAGAUAGGUGGUAUUUUACAUAAAAUGUAUACCGCGUGCCCUAUUUUUCAUUGAAUUAUACCAAUUGUAUGUUAUAAGAAUAUCACUGCUACCUCAAUGUGGCUAAAAUAAUUUUGUUAACUCCCCCAGAACUCAUGCCCAAUAUUAAAAGUACAGUUUAGUGUGUCUUCACAUUAUGUGCAAUAGGCAAUUCGACUAAUGUUUAUAAGCCUUCAGAUCUUCUUGCACUGCAAACGCAUAGAUAGGUGUAAUUACCAUAUUUUAGAUUUAUAUCUUUAUUCCAUUUGCUGUAAAACUCUCUGUAAUUUAUCUGUACAUGCUGUAUUCAUCAGUUUGAAUUUGCCUUAAAAAGAUAUUAGUUGUGGCAACAUCCAAGAAGAAUGCAUGUGUGUCUUUGGUCUUCUCUUUUCUUUACAAAGUGGUCCAGGUAUGUAAAUUCACAUCUUUGAUAUAAUCUAUGUGGAAUGUGUAAUAUAUUAGCCACUCUUUAGUUAAGACUCUUAAAAGCUUACUACACACAUGUGGGUAUUUAACAUGCACAGUCAUUCUUUAUACCAAUUUAUACUUUUUGUGAUCAUCAGACACAGUUAAAUUAGACAUUCUUUGUUUCAACAAAGGAAUUAUUUCAAGUUCUUAACACAACACUUAUUCCUUUGUUUUACUCUAUUUUUUUAGACCGUUUUUUUAAAACUCAAAUACAUUUUCUCACCCUGCACUUUUUGCUUUUAUUCGGUGUUAAUUAAUAUUUAACAUACUAUCUAUAACUUUUUUAAAUUUUUUUUUUUUUUUUUACGGUGCACACAGUAUUGAUUAUUAAUAGUAAUAAACUUUAUUUUGGUGUGUUGACUAAACAUUUGUGUUGCGUUGAGAACUAAUAAAUUAGACCAAAAUAUAGAAUGCAUAUACUACUUCAAGUGAAGCAUGAAAUCUUGAGAAAUGGCAAACAUGACCAUUAUUAAGUCACACAGCUUGUUUUUUUUUUUUUUUGUGUGUUUUUUUUUUAAUUUAGAAUUUUUUAAUUUAAUUCAAAUUUUGUAUACUUGCUUUGGUAUUUUCGAUUUAUCUAAUUAUUUGCGAUUUCUGCACAAUUGGCUCUUGAUGGUAUAUGAAGCAAUAAAUUCUAAAACUGUAGAAGAUAAGUGUCAUUAAACAAACAUUACCAUUAAACUGCAACUUUAAAAAAAACAAAACUUAUUGGGCAUUGCCAAAGCAGUAUAGAUAAGCCAGCAAUGAUGAAGGAAUUUGAGAGUCAGGUAUAUACAAAACCGUUUUAAAUAUAGUUGGGAUAAUUCAACAGAACCUGUAGUGAUGGGUAGUAAGCAUCUAUUUGGUGAUCUUAAAAUACGGUUAAUAGGAACAAACGGAACAAUACUGUACUUAUGAGAUUACAAUUUAGGUGAGGGUGUCCCCAAAGACCUCCUACACUUUCCCUUUAAUCCCUAGUUUCUCAACCCAUGGUACGUGUACCCUAGGGGGUAUGUGUACCAAAGUGAGGGGUAUGCCAAGUGGUGGCCAGUUAGUGCAAAAUAGAGGCGGUGUCAUAGCUAUACUUUUGUGUCAGUGUCUUCUGUGUGUAAGUGUGUGUGUGUGUGUAAAUGUGCGUCAGUGUCCUCUGUUUGUAAAUGUAUGUGUCAGUGUCCUUUGUGUGUAAAUGUAUGUCAGUGUCCUUUUUUUUUUUUUCUUCUUCUUUCUCUCUCUUAAUUCUUCGUGCACGAAAGAAAUACAAACAGGCAAGCGAUGCCACAACAGCUAUUGCCAGCUUUUAGGUUAAUAUUUAAAGACAUGUUUGGCAUAUCAGAACAUUGCACUUUUUAUAUAUUAUUAUGUAGAUUCAUCAAAGAUAAGAUCAACAUGUUAGUUAUAAGAUAAGGCAGACAAAAUACUGUUUCGGGUUAUCAUGACUUUUGUAAAAUUAUAGGGUCACAGGCUUAACUAAGUUUGCUUUUUUGUUUCGUGUAAAAGUACGAAAACAAAAAAGCAAAACGAGAAAUAAGUAAAUAUAACUUGUCAUGAGUUAAACAGGCUAAGUAACUGCUUUUCUACAGUAGGUUACUAUUGUCUAACUUUGCUUAAUAGAGGGAGGAUGAUUACCCCUGGGCAGGCAAGUAUACUAUAAAUAGGUUGGUAAGCCACAUCUCUGCCUGUGCCGUGCCAUCUAUGGUUAAUGCACUGUUCAACCUAUGCCCUCCUCUGCAUGCCUAGUUGCAUAGUGAGAAAAAUUACAAGAAUCCUGCUCCAUAUUACCCCACCUGUCCCAGAUAAGAUGGUUGUUCCCCACUCUGGUCCCACUACUCCAUCGUGUGGUUGCAGGCAAGACUUCACUUGUUCACUGGGCCUUCUAUAGGGAUUCCACUGCUUGUGUUGAGUUGAGGACUUCUGCGGGGUUGAGUGGUGUCAAAGGGUUCUUCUCUUAAGGAGCGGUGUCCCAUGUGGUCUGCGGGUUCCAUCCGGGCUGAUCCGUCUGUGCCAGGGAUUGUUGCGGCUCUGCAAGGGCCCUCCUGAAACUGUUGUUUUCUCGGGUCUCUCGUCUCGCUCUUGCACCUGCCGGAUCGAGCUGGCUUUACCCCUUUGACGAGGUCGUCGUAUGGGUUGUCUCAUAGGCACUCCCACGGUUCCAGGAAUCGGUCUCCGUUUACCAUUGCUCUCAUGAAGGUCGCCUGGGCCUAGUGUCGGCCAUUUAUGGUAGUGAGUGCGGAGGCAGCUGCUACAUCUCCCCGCCUGGCCGUUUGUGGUGUGCUCCGUGGCAAGGUUUUGGGCGGCUUUUCUGGUGUUAAGGGUCUCAUGCAGGCUUCCAGUUUCACCCAGAAGGCAGUAAAGAUGCUGUGCAGCUGGAGCUCCGUUGCGCGCCACGUGUUGUCUGUCGGCGGUGUGGUGAACAUCCGCCAUUUUGGGAACCACAGUGGCGGAUUGCUCGGGGCUCUGUGGACCUUUCACUGUCCCACCGAUUUGCCGGGGGAUCAUGUGGGGGCAGACCGGGUUGAUCCCCACCGGUCCAGAGAGGGGGCAACAAGGGCUUACUUCCAGAUACCCGGCUCUGUGCUGCUGCCGGGGAGGAGCCAUCUCCCCUGCGCCUGCCAUGUUUGUAGGUCUCACGAUCGUUGAGGGUGAGUAUUGCUCAAUGCGUCGCUUGAAAGGUGUCAUUCUGGUCACCUCGUUUUCCUCUCUCGUUUGGUGGCCUUUUAAUCUCGAUUUAGUGCCAUUUUGAUAGUGAAAGUCAGUUUUAAAAGCCGCGUUCAGCAGGGUCUGCUGAGGUGAGCGUCCUUACAGCUCUGCGGUCAGGCCCCACCCCCGUGUCAGUGUCCUUUGUGUGUCAGUGUCCUCUGUGUGUAAAUGUGGGUGUGUGUGUUCUGUGUGUGUAAAUGUGGGUGUGUGUGUUCUGUGUGUAAGUGUGUGUAAAUGUGUCUGUGUUCUUGGUUGUUGUGGUUAUGGUGUACGGAAAGCUCUGAUGUCAAAGUUAGCAUAGAGUUUCCCAAAAAGGACUUUGUAAUGUAAUACUUGUUUUUGUUCAUACAGCACAAAUGGCAUCAAGCCAAAAAUAUAUAAUCCAUGUUUUAGUUUAGUAUGUCUAUUUUGUUUUGGUCCAGGUAUUUUCUGAAUACUUUAAAGAGCUAGAAGAAGAAAGUAUCCGUGAUAAUUUUGUCAUCAUAUAUGAAUUGUUAGAUGAAUUAAUGGAUUUUGGCUAUCCUCAAACAACAGACAGCAAAAUCUUGCAAGAGUAAGUAUUAUAUGUGUUUGUUAAUGUGUCACAUACAUACAUGGUCAUUCACUAAAGUGAAUUUAAAAUUUAAGGCAAAAGUAGAAGAUCUGGAAGCAUAGCUGAAUUAGAGAAUUUUCCAUUUAAUCUAUUCCGACCUUUAAAGGGAUACUAUAAGCAACAAAACAACUUUAACUUAAUCCCUUAAUUCUGACUGGUAUGUUAUGCCGUCAUACAAAUGGAGGGCUUUAACCAUGUUAGGGCAGUAUUCCCUAAUUAAUAGAAAUAUAGCAAUUAUACAGAAAUUGCCGAUAUUGAUCUCUUGUGGAGGCCGCAGGCUACCCAGAGGUCUGUCAUUGCGUCGCCAUCCAUCGGUUUAUCCUGAUUGUCAAGUGAGAUAUCCUUCACUGGGGACCAUGGCGUGGGGACCAUUGUUGGCAGAAACCACAACUCAUCACUCCAGCCUACGGUGAGCCUCCGGUCACUGAAGAGACUCUGAGGGGUCUCUUGGACGAGCUUGAAAUAUCACGGCCGUCAUCAGUCCGUUCCAUGAUGAGAUUGAUGGGGUCUCUGCUCUCCUGCACAACACAGAGGUGAAUACAGUUCAUGAGAAAGGGAUCUCUGGAACAAGGUCUGCAUACUGUGCAGCGCUCCCUAGGCCAGACUCAAGAGAACAUGGUGUCCAUGGAGGACAGGAGGAGCUUGAAGAAUAUCAAAAUGCGUGGACCUGAAAACAGACACACUGUGGAGAUUUUACAUUUUCUUCUGAAGCUUACUCACUCCUUUUCUGACAAGCAAGCCAAGGCAAUGCCUCUGUAUCAAUGGUACUGGAUACCUAAACCAUCCUCCAGCGCUCUAGAGACAAGCAGGGAUGUUGUAGUCCAAUUCCAAUAGAACCAAGACAGACUGUCGUUAUGGCGGCGAUCCGCAGUAAGUCUUCACUACGCUUUGAAGACCACUCUCUGAGCUUCUAUCCUGAUUUGUCCAGACACACUGUGGAGUGGCGCAGAUCCCUGCGGCCACUCACUAAGGAGCUAAUCGCUGAUAAGCUACAAUAAAAAUAGGGACAACCAUGUUGCCUGCAGAUUGCUCGUGACAAUGGCACGAAAAGUCACUGAUGCUUUGGAAAUGACAUCCACACUGCUGAAGCCUAGGUUAUCAGCCACCCUUACUGAACCGACCACUUCCCUCCUCGCAAUGAGACCAACAACCUGGGACCCUGAGAAGGUUUUCCUAUUUGUGUCGGGGUCUCUAUCUGAGACUCUUCAUCUACAUCAAUACCGUGACUGGCCUGCAAGCAGUCUUUUGAUAUUCUGUUUUGCUUCAGUUUUUGUUCCUAUUGCUUUUUAUUUGCGUUCUUAUCUGUGACACAUACCGUGUUCCUGGCUACAAUUAUCCGUGAGUCUCUCAACCUUACUACUCUAGCUGAUCCUCUCCUUGCUUUCUUAUUUUUUUUGUUUUCUUGUCUUCAUCUUACAAAUGUGCCAUUAUCAUUCAUGCCACAAUUCUAUGUUUUCUCAAUGAAAAGCUUGUUGCUGUUGUGGCCCUACAAGCCUGUAAUCUUAAACCCUGAAAAUAAAGAUUGACAACAUUUUUUUUUUUUUUUAUUAUAUACAGAAAUAAUAAAAAAUAACGUUGGAAUCAAAUAUUAUUAUAUAUACAGUGUGACCCAAAAGUAGGUGUAUAGUAUAGUUUAUAUGUUUAAAGGUGAUUCUUUGACCUCAUUUGCAUAUGCCCACCCAGAAUCCCUUGCAAUGGUAAGAGUACUGCAAAUGUGAUAUUUCUAUGGGAAAAGCAAGUCUUGUUGCUUGAUUGGUCUGUGCAGAUCUGUGUUUAACAAUGUAUUUACUAUCCACUGAUUUCAGAUGGAAGGGGGUUUCAAUCACCUUUUAUCCCACCAAACUCUAUUGGUUUGUGCUCCACAAAAUUAAAACUUUUUUUUGUUUUAACGCUGAACAGAAACUUCAAUGAGAUGAAGCAGUUGCAGUGCAUACUGUGACCCUUUUAAGUGCAUAGUAGAUUGAAAGAAAAAUGCUGUUAGGGACAUACCUGGCUGACUGUUUUUUUGUUUUGUUUUUUUUCUCACACCGGGUAUAUGACCAUUAUGUAUUUGAUCCCUAUUUAUUUUUAACUUUUAGAAAAUGAACAAAGUGGAAGCCUAGUAUAAGGUAAAUUGGUAGGGCAGUGAAGGGGUUAACCCUAAAUAGAAUAUGAAGAGAAAAAAGAGGAGGAACACUGCCGUGAAUAAAGUAAUUAAAACAUAACUUUUAAUAGUGAAAAAUACGAUAGUGAUAGCUACACAAAAGAUUACUCUCAACAGACCUCAAUGUACACAGAGGGAAUAAGGAGAGAUAAUGUGUGAAGUUUAAAACCGUAUUAAAUUAAUUGACAUCAGUCAAAAUAGACAGAUAUAAUGAGAGUUUACAUGUCAAACUCUAAGCAGAGAAUACUGUGACUGUAGAAUAAAGUUGGGUAGAUCACUAAACAAUGUAGCAGGGAAAAAUUGCUAUCAAAUGUUGCAAUAUGGCAAUUGUUACAGCCUGAUAGACAUCAGAGCGUGUAAGGUACCACACAGCAGAGUGUCAAUACACCAACAUAAAUUAAACAGUAUAUACUGUGAUGUGCCUAUAAGUAUAGGUAAAGCUUAGACAGAAGUAGUAGAUAUUAUCUGAUCUGUCUCUUAUUGCUGUUAAGCAGAUUGCAAGAUGAAGUAAAAGAUUAUAUAUGAAUAAACAUCUACUGUACUAUUUCAAUAUAAUUUUUGCCAGAUGAUUUAAACAAAUACAGAGUUUAAGUUAGUAAUAAGUGACUCUGCAGAAAUAUAUAUCUGUGCCUACAGGGGCACUAACUAUAUCUGCAUAUGUUAAUGAAAUACGGAUUAGAGAGAGAAGUAUACAAAUUGGAUUGUCAAAAGAAAAAUUAUUAUAUCAGUGUAUGUAUGUAUGUAUAUAUCUGUGCCUUCAAGGGCACCUUUUGCCAAAUAAUUUUAACAAAUGCAGAGCUCAAGAUAGUGAGUGACUCUACAGAAAUAUAUAGAUCUCUGUGCCUUCAGGGGCACCUAUCAAGUAGAGGAACUAGCCGUAGUAACUAAGCAGAUUAGAAAGAAAAGUACAGAGAUUAGAUGAUUUUAUCAGUGUAUAACUAUUCCUUCAUGGGCACCUGUCUCCAAUAUAAACUGCUAAACUAGCUGGCUAACACACGAGAAAACCCUGCAAAGCGUGAUAUUAGUAAAGGAUAGAUUGUCUGCAUUGAUUCCUAAUCUCUAUGCGCUAUGUCCGCGCUUGCCUUUGUUUGCAGGCAGCAAUCAACUAGAAUCCCGCAGCCUAAAUCACCCGUGAACAGAUAGAUUAGUGAGUUUGAAAUCCACACGUACUAAACCAAGCGCUCUGACGUCUAGAUGUAUCGCUACCUUUGAUAGCGGCUGGAGCACAAUGACACAAACUUUCUCCAAACACUGGUCCAUACUUCUACACAAUUCCACACUGAAACUAUUUAGCUCCCAUUCCAUUGAAACCCAACUGGCUUACAAACACCAAGGGAACAUAUAGAUGUGGCCAUUGUAAGGCCUGUCAGUUAAUCACCCCCUCACAAUCUACCACAGCAACACAAUCUAAUAUCACCAUCAAAACCAAUGCUUUGGUGAAUUGCAGUACUACCCGAUUAAUAUAUCUAAUUACAUGCAAGUGUGGUAUUCAGUACAUUGGGAAGACCUUCCAACCAUUCCGCCGGAGUAUUCUCCAACAUGUGAACUCCAUAAAAAAACACCAUAACCCCUACACCUGUAGUCAGACACAUUGUGAAUUUUCACCAGGGUAAUGCUGAUAAUCUGAGGUUUCAAGCCAUUGAAAAAUUGGCACCCAAUCCCAGGAAAGGGAAUUUCAACCAACAGUUACUCCAAAAGGAAUCACAAUGGAUCUAUUCAUUCAGGACUUUGACCCCACAGGGACUUAAUAAGGAGUUUAAUUAGGUAAAAAAUAUUUUUUUUCUGCAUUAUUUAUUGCAAGAAAUAUGAUCCAUUUAAAUGCUUAUCACAGUGGGUAGUGAUCCCUUAAAUGCCUUUUGCAGUGGAUAUGAUACAUUUAAAUUCUUACUGCAGUGGAUUGAUAUAUAAAUCAUCUAAUAGGAUGGCAUAAUUAUAAUAAUAACCUCCUGCAUUAUCUGUUGCAUAUAAUAUAACACCAGUAGCUUAUGCCAUCAAUGUGUACUUAUGAGUUACCACUUAUGAUUUAACAUCUCUUGGAAACAGAGCUUUUGUGGUCCUUUCUGACCACCAUCUCUCGUCAGUAACAACUGAUGUCAUCUUUUCUAAUCACCAAUCAGCAUUUUGAGCGCCUUAUUUAAACUCUCACCGACAGGGAUUGAGUUCCCCUUGAAAAGCCGCCUUACCGGCGAAAUGCGCGUCGAGGUUGGAGAUCGCUAUCUAGAUCACCUCAGCCUUAGCCUUCCGUCCCUUUGCUAUUUAUUUUCUAACUUUGGGACUUUAUUGUCAUUGCAAAUUUAUCUAAGAUCACGGGUGAUUUGGGCUGCGGGAUUCUAGUUGAUUGCUGCCUGCAAACAAAGGCAAGCUCGGACAUAGCGCAUGGAGAUUAGGAAUCAAUGCAGACAAUCUCUCCUUUACUAAUAUCACGCUUUGCAGGGUUUUCUCGGCUGUUAGCCAGCUAGUUUAGCACUUUAUAUUUGAGACAGGUGCCCAUGAAGGCACAGUUAUACACUGAUAAAAUCAUCUAAUCUCUGUACUUUUCUUUCUAAUCUGCUUAGUUACUACGGCUAGUUCCUCUACUUGAUAGGUGCCCCUGAAGGCACAGAGAUCUAUAUAUUUCUGUAGAGUCACUCACUACUAUCUUGAGCUCUGCAUUUGUUAAAAUUAUUUGGCAAAAGGUGCCCUUGAAGGUAUAUAUAUAUAUAUAUAUAUAUAUAUAUAUAUAUAUAUAUAUAUAUAUAUAUAUAUAUAUAUAUAUAUAUAUAUAUAUAUAUAUAUAUAUAUAUUUAUAUUAUUUUUUUUUUUGACAAUCUAAUUUGUAUACUUCUCUCUCUAAUCCGUUUUUCAUUAACAUAUGCAGAUAUAGUUAGUGCCCCUGUAGGCAUAGAUAUAUAUUUCUGCAGAGUCACUUACAGUUGCAAGAAAAAGUAUGUGAACCCUUUGGAAUGAUAUGGAUUUCUGCACAAAUUGGUCAUAAAAUGUGAUCUGAUCAUCAUCUAAGUCACAACAAUAGACAAUCACAGUCUGCUUAAACUAAUAACACACAAAGAAUGAAAUGUUGCCAUGUUUUUAUUGAACACACCAUGUAAACAUUCACAGUGCAGGUGGAAAAAGUAUGUGAACCCCUAGACUAAUGACAUCUCCAAGAGCUAAUUGGAGUGAGAUGUCAGCCAACUGGAGUCCAAUCAAUGAGAUGAGAUUGGAGGUGUUGGUUACAGCUGCCCUGCCCUAUAAAAAACACACACCAGUUCUGGGUUUGCUUUUCACAAGAAGCAUUGCCUGAUGUGAAUGAUGCCUCGCACAAAAGAGCUCUCAGAAGACCUACGAUUAAGAAUUGUUGACUUGCAUAAAGCUGGAAAGGGUUAUAAAAGUAUCUCCAAAAGCCUUGCUGUUCAUCAGUCCAUGGUAAGACAAAUUGUCUAUAAAUGGAGAAAGUUCAGCACUGCUGUUACUCUCCCUAGGAGUGGCCGUCCUGUAAAGAUGACUGCAAGAGCACAGCGCAGACUGCUCAAUGAGGUGAAGAAGAAUCCUAGAGUGUCAGCUAAAGACUUACAAAAGUCACUGACAAAUGCUAACAUCCCUGUUAGCGAAUCUACAAUAUGUAAAACACUAAACAAGAAUGGAUUUCAUGGGAGGAUAACACAGAGGAAGCCACUGCUGUCCAAACAAAACAUUGCUGCACGUUUACAGUUUGCACAAGAGCACCUGGAUGUUUCACAGCAGUACUGGCAAAAUAUUCUGUGGACAGAUGAAACCAAAUCGUAUUUUUUACUAUUAAAAAUUAUGUUUUAAUUACUUUAUUCACGGCAGUGUUCCUCCUCUUUUUUUCUCUAUUUAUUUGUAAGUUUUAGUAAUUGUACAUUAUUAUAUAAUAUACUUUUUUUUUUUUUUUUUUUGCCUUUUCAUUAUCCUAAGUCAGUGUUUUAAGGGUUACUCCAAGAACUAACUACUUUAGUGAAUUGUAGUGGUCAUGGUGCCUGGAGUCAGUAUGUGCAAUAUUUCACAUACAGAGAUUAAUAUAGAGAUUAAUAUAACCUGUGCCAUUUAAUAUUAACAGUUUGUGUUGACUCCCAAUGUAAAAUCAUUAAAUUAUAUUUGGGUUCAAAACGCAUUAACGUCUUUUUUAACAUUUAAUGACAUGCCUUUAAAUGCCUAGACUAACUGAUACAUAAAAAGAAAAGGUUGAAUUUUUUUUCAGUAUAACUGUUUUUCUUCUUUUUAUGUGUCUGUUAGUCUAUGCCUUCCAACUAAGCACAUAAAGGCAUGCCAUUAAAAUAGUAAUAGGACGCUAAUGCCUUUUGAAAUGAAAUGUACUAAUUCUACAUUGGAAGUCAAUAGAAACUGUUAAUAUAAAAUUGUUUUAUUAUUGAGUCGCUUCAGUAGGACAUUUGUUACAUCUCAUAUUGGGGUUAAGCACUUGUUUCCUACACUCCUAUUAAGAGUGAUGAUUUAUUUAUUUUGUUGCUGUUUUGCAAUAUACACUCCCUCCGCCCCCCCCCCUCCUAUUUUCUCUUAAUGUCAAUUCGGUGCAACGUUUAAUAGAUUGAUGGCCACUGGCUGACAGCAGUCAGCUGAUUCUCUCAGCCAAUGAAUGUCAACCUCCAUGGCUUCUGCCUUCUGCAGCUCUGGACCACCAGGGAUCCUAGGAGCGAAAUCCUGGGUAAAGGAGCAAACCCAGUAGGGCAAGGGACCAAACCUAGUCUAAGCGGUUUACCCCAUUACCAGGGAACCAAGCCAGGGUACUCCAGGUACCAUAAACAUUUCAGUGGGCUGUAGCGGUUAUGAUGUUUGGAUUAACCUGUUAACUGUUUAACUGGACUAAACUAAACACACUCACCACAACUAAACACACAAUGGUUUAGUAUCUGACACAAUAAAGGCCUUUAAAAAAAACAAAAACAUAUUGAUGGUUCAUUUUAGUGGAAAGCUCAGUGGACGUGCAGACUCUGUCUAUUUAAAACAGUUGUUUAACAAAUAAGAAUUGAGAACCAGUUUGUCUUUGCAGCAUAGUUAACAUGAUAUCCUCCCUUAUAACAGGUACAUCACUCAAGAAGGACACAAAUUAGAAACUGGUGCCCCUCGUCCGCCUGCUACAGUCACCAAUGCUGUAUCCUGGAGAUCAGAGGGAAUCAAAUAUAGGAAGAAUGAAGUCUUCUUGGAUGUGAUAGAAUCGGUUAACCUAUUGGUAAGUAAAAUGUUAAAUAUUGUAGGUAAUGAAACAUAAGCACAAAGUAAUUAAUUUCUGUGCUUGUUUGUUCUCUACAUCCAUGCUCUUUAUAAGUCCAAUCUGACUGCUAAUAUGCAUGUUUGUAAUGCUAAAUGGGACAAUUCCACCAGCUCCAGUUUGAGGGGGAACAUAUGAAUGUUCACUGGUAAAUUUACUCUGAUCUACACUGGUUUUUAGGUAAGGGGAAUUGGAAUCAUUUUUGUAAUACAAAUGUGGAGCAAUCGCCAUGUAAUUCACUCAGUGUGUGUCAUGAUCCUUAGAACCUUGCUCCUUCUACUAGUAACCUAAUUGCAGUGAUUUACAGUUUAGUUCUGGCCUUAAAGUGUACUAAUGACUGUGCCUGGAUAAUCAUGUUAAUUGUUUUGAAAUAUUUUAUUAAUUUGCCACAAAUUAUGUGUGCUCUGAUCUCAUUCUUACUCUGUCAAAAACGUAAGGUCUUAGAUUGGCCUCUGCAAUGUCAUUAACUAUGUUAUUAAAUGGCACCCAAUCACCAUGUAGUGUAGCUCAUCUACAUAUAAAUAUGACAUUGGCUUUACAAUACAAGUUAAUUUGAACUUUAUAAUCCUAUGCGUCCUCUCAUAUCUUUUCUAAAAUACGGGUAUGUCAGCAUAUUAUCAGAUAUUUCGUUUGAAGGGACUGUAUAAAGUAGCACAAUGCAGAGAAAGCAAAUCCCUGAGUCCUCUCACAAGGCACAUUGUGUUAUCCAAGAAGUGAAUGAACUGUUCCAGACAGUCCCUAGACUCACAUUCACUGCAAUAGGACAAUUAGUAGGUAUUCACAUUUGUACUUGCAUAUACUUGCCAGUCCGUUUUGGAAGUGCAAAGAUCUUGACAAACACAACUGGCAUUAAUUCAUGUCAGCACUGCGCAUGUUCGCAUUGUAAAUGUACUAGAUGUACUAGCCGUAGAUGCAAAAUAAUCAUGAUGCAUGCUGGUUGCAUCCUCCUCCCCCCCCCCCCCCCCCCCUGUCCUUUUUUUUUUUUUUUUUGCUUCUGUGUUUUGUUGUGGGUGUCCAUUUCCCUCUCCCUCACACUCACACCUCCUGGCCUAUUUUAAUAAGAAACCAUGAUCUUCAAAGCUUUGUAUAUUUUCCAUCAGUAAGCCUAGGGAAAGCGACUUCUAGGAAUAAGUGGUAAAGCAUUCCUUCCCGUGCUGCAAACCGUUAAAUAUGAUCACCAAAGCUGUAAACACUAAAGUAUGAACUGUUCAUUUUCACAGCAGUUGAUAUUCUGUUAUUUGCUCUUCAUAAACCACAAUUUAGGGAGUGCUAUUAUUAAUAUUUGCUUAACUGUUCAGUUAUAUAAGUAGAAAUGAGUUGUGAAGAAUCUGCCUCACCCACGAUUACGUUUAGAGAAAUAUGUUAUACCUUUUAUUGUUAUUUUGUCCGGCAUAUCGAUUUGAGCAAUCCUACACUUGGCAACUGGCAAUCUUACACUAUGAAAAUGGGAAAGGCUGAAUUAUCACCAGAGUGCACUUGUUAUGAUCAUUUCUCUCAGAAACUGGUCACAGUGACCCUCAACAGCCCUGCCAGCCACCUGCCCCUCCCAAGCUGUGUCUUACAUCUCCAUAUUCAGAGCACAUUUCCUUGUUUAACCUUUUGAAUAUCUGUACGUGUGUCAGUUUAGAAGACUUGGAAAAGUUUAGAUCAUUCUUAUACUUUAAUGCCUCCGUGCUUAUUAGCAUUGUGGCUCCUCUUACCUCUCCAUAAGCUGCCACAUUUUGGUUUGAUGAGCAUCAUACAUUUUUGGAUUGCUUAGAUUUGUUUUCACUGUUUUAAUGUUCAGUGUAGUGGUUUUGAUGCAAAGUCUUUUAAUGCUGUCUUAUUGUUCCUGUAAACACUGUGAUGUCUGAUGUGAUUUCAAUUUAUUUGUAAAUGGUAAGUGAAAAUAAUGAUUGCUUUUAGAUCAGGGAGUGAAGGAGCCAAGCAGAUGGUAAACAUUGUGACUUUUUUUGUAGCUGUUGAUACUAAAGUAAACACUGUGCUGAGGUGUGGAAAUAAAAUAACAGUAACCAAAUCUACUUGUUCUUGCAUACAAAAUCAUUUCUGAUUGGAGUGCCUGCUUAGUGUCGUGGACAUUGACAAAGUCAUUCACUCAACACAUUUUUUUGUGAAUCAAAUCUGAAAUUGAAAAACUGAUACAAAAAAAAAAAAAGCUUAUCUGGGAAAAGAAUCUCCAGCUCAGCAAUAGUUACCCUUUGGCCCAGUUUUUCUUUGCAGAUUUAAUUUGUGAAAAAUCCAAUUAUUGCAAACAACACUCACCCUCUGUUCCCCACAAUUGUUUGUGUGUGUGUCUGUCUGUUGGUCAUGUGCUCUGUUUUUCUGUAGUAGCUAUCAUGGUUGGAGUAACCCUUUAACAUCCCUUUAUCUAACCUCUGUCUCUUGUCUCAUACCAAUCAAAGGUUUACCUUCCCCCCUUUUUUGAAUGGAUAAGAUAAUAAAUCACAUAUAUAAGGUAGCAUAGUGUGACAAAAGUGAAUUUAGAGAAAUUUGCAGGGUUAUUUACUAAAGUGAGAAUUGAAUGUGAAAUUUAAAUUUAAGGCCAGAGUAGCUAAACUGAAAGCUGACAUAGUGAUCUUAAAUGUUAAAUUAACUUUGGAUUCACAAUUUAGUGAAUAACCCAGUUGGUAUAUGCAAUGAUCCAUACUGAAAUUUUCAAUGAAAAAUAAGAAUCACAUAGAAUGCAAUUAGUACAAUUAUCCAGCAUACCAAGGCAAAAAUAAUGGUGCAGCAUUAUAUUGACGAAAACACCGGUGAGGGAGAAAACGUGAGCCGUAUAUAUAAUGAUUCAGGUGUAUCUGGAAAAGGAAACCCCAAGCAAGGGGGUGCAUCACCCAAAAACAUUAUGUAAUUGUGCUCAUAAAUAUGAAAUGGACAAUUGUUUCAGAUUACAUAAAUUGAGAAAGCAACCCUAUCUCCUCCAGUAAAUUGAUGAUCCUCACUGGAACAACACAGUGUGUCUAAGUUGUUCUAAGUGUAAGCUAUACAAAUUAACAAGUAACCCAGCAGCUCAAGCCCUAGUGGGAUUGCCUGUCCUGUGGAGAUAAGACCUCAAACCAAAUGGAGCUUUUUAUGCAUUUGGGGCAAUGAUCACAUGUUGUUAAGAGUUCCGGUUUACUGAGGGAGCAUGUGGUUUGUGCCUCCCGGCAGGUGCAGACCAUCAUAAUUACUCUCUCAUAGUCCCGGUGCUCUGACUUGUUAGAAUGGGAAUGUGAGGGAUUGGUAAAUCUGGUCUGCACUUUCUGCACAGCACUAACCCAUCCUAUGUAGCGACCUUGUGAUUUGUUUGCAGCAGAGCUUAAGACAAAACAAAUUGCAUGCCCAAAAAUACAUGUGCCUGGGCGAUAUGAAUAACACAUCCUUGACUAUGCAAUGUGUUGCUUGUUUUGAGCCUUUGAUCUUUUACCCUGCCACAUGACCCAUUCAAAUGUUAUCUACAUGAACACUUAUGUCUAUUAAACAUGGGUGUAGAGAUGCAUGUUAUUUUUCCUGAAUAUUGUCUUCUAGGAAACACUCUGCAGAGCCCAUGCCAUAAAUUGUAUCCAUGUUAUAAAUAUCAUCUACCACAUUUAAUUUGUAACUCUCUCCUAGGUCAGUGCAAAUGGCAAUGUAUUGCGAAGCGAGAUAGUUGGAUCCAUCAAAAUGAGAGUGUUUCUCUCAGGAAUGCCUGAACUCAGACUUGGACUAAAUGAUAAAGUUCUUUUUGAAAACACAGGACGUAAGUUGUGGGGGGUGUUGUUCCUCUUUGCCAGAAAUUGGCUUUUUUAUUAAGAGCUGAAUGGCAGCCAUUGCUAUGUGAAACUCAUUCAGCUGUUCAAAUAAUGACCGUUAAAUUUAUUUCAGCCAUUGUGCAUGGACACUUGAUUGUCAUUCGGUUGCAAUUUGACUUAAAGGGACACUCCCCAAAACAGCUUUAUUUAAUCAACCAGUUUUGGUGUAUAGAUCACCCCCCUGUAGUUUUACUGCUUAAUUCUUUGCCAUUUAGGAUCUUUGCCACAGAUUUGUUUUUACAGCCUAAGGCACACCUCUCUGCAUGUGACUUGCACUGCAUUCCUUCAUGUAAAGCGUCAUCUAAUGCUUAUACUUCCUUUUAUUGCAAAUUCUGUUUAAUUUAGAAUGUAUCUCCUGCUCUGUUAAUAGCUUGCUAGAUCUUGCAGGAGUCUCCUGUAUGUGAUUAAAGUUCAAUUCAUAGAGCAGAGCUGGAGAUAAAAAAAGUUCAGUUACGUCUGAUUGAAAAUGAAACCAUUUGGUUUUCAUGUAGUCUGUCUCAAUCACAGAGAGGGAAGAAGUGUGGCUAUGGCUAAAUAAAUGAAACAAAAGUGAUUUAACUCUUAAAUUGCAGUGAAUCUUCAGAGGCAUGAUAUAUACACACAAAAAACUGCUUCAUAAACCUAAAGUUGUUUUGGUGACUAUAGCUUUAAGCUUUUCUCAAACAAGUCUCACUUCUCAAUUAUUUUAAUUUGAAAAUUUGCUUGGAUAUUGAAUAAUAAAGUAAAUCUCCGAGAGAUGUUUUCAACCAAAUUGAAGAGCACUGAGCUGAAUGACUGUGCUCCAAUUUGCUAUAGCAGCUUUUCUGCUUCCUGAAUAGAUCACAGUGUAUAUCUUGUUAAUUAUUUUCCUGCAUUGAUCGUGUACUAUUACUCUACACUAAAUGUAGACGACCUUCAACUGAGCUAUGUGGUGAUACUUUCCUUUAAUUGUAGGCAUCCUAGUGUAAUGACAAAGUUGUUUGUUUGGGAAAAAUCGUAUUUUGGACCACAAUAACAGAAUUUUUUAACCUAAAACCUCUGAGUUGGCUUAUUUUUGCCAUUACUUUGAAAUUGUGACUAUUACGUCAAGUGAAUAACUUAAACACUGUUUUGAUGUUCAAUCUAUUUCUUACACUGUUGUAUUCAAUGCUACAGGUGGGAAAAGCAAGUCAGUGGAGCUGGAAGAUGUCAAGUUCCACCAAUGUGUACGCCUUUCUAGAUUUGAGAAUGACAGGACUAUAUCGUUCAUUCCUCCUGAUGGAGAGUUUGAGCUCAUGUCUUAUCGUUUGAACACACAUGUAAGUGUUGAGGUAUGAGUUUUUUUCUACACAUAAGUUGUAUAAAUAAAAUUCCACAUUUCCUAUAUACAUACAUACAAAAAAAAAAACCCUAAAAAAAUGAUUUAGCUAUUUCAUGAAAAAAUUGUAAAAGCACUGAUUAAUCUUUGGAAAUCUGAACUGUAACAAAUAUACGACUCCAGGCACAUUAAACACUUCAAGUUGAAGUGGUUUGUGUAUCUUAGUGUCCCUUUAAAAAGGCAUAGUCACAUUUCUGUUACUGUUUCAUUUACUGUUGCCUUUGCAAAUCAAUACGGUAAACCCAUUAUAUUAAAAAUGUUUACUGGGAUAAAAUGGUCAUUAUGUUAUAGUAUUCCAUCUUAUUGUAAAGCUCUUCAGAAUAAGCUGGCACUAUAUAAAUACCAAUAAUAAUAAUAGUAUUAUUCCUGGUUUUCUGGUGCCACCAUCUUUAAAGCGGAUUUUGUCACACACUUGGCUGUUUUUAUUUUAUCCUAACCUUCUUAUUUAAAGGGAAAUUAUAGUGUCAGGAAAACGUUUUUUUUUUCCUGGCACUUCAGUUCCCUAUAGUGCCCCCUACUGUCUCCCUCCUACAGUCCUUCCAAAGGGCUACAGUCCUUCCCCAGGUCCCCACCCAUGUGUGGUGGGUGGGGGCCCUUAAGUGAAAAGGGGGGGAGGGGGCUACUGUUACACUGUAAUAAAUGGGUCCUCAAUCUGGAGCUCACUUGCAUCACAUCCAUUCCAGUCGGCUGAAUUGAAUGUAUUAUACUGAUUUUAUUUUUCACUUGGCUUUGCGAAGCAUUUAUUUUUACACUUACAAACUUUUGUCUGCUAAACAAUAAAGAGUUUUGCAUUGGUUGCUGAAGAACUGUGCUGAAAUUGAAAUAUAUUUAUUUGCAUAUUUGCAAGUGCUUUUUAUUUUCCCCUACCAGAAUUCAGAAAUAAAUAAUAAAAAUACUUUAGUCCAUACUAUGUAUUUUCACAAAUUUUCCAAUGUGUUUUAGGUAAAGCCUCUCAUCUGGAUUGAAUCUGUAAUAGAAAAACAUUCCCACAGUCGCAUAGAGUAUAUGAUCAAGGUAGGUAACUCCAGAAGUACAUUUUCAUGUCCAUCACAAGUAAUAAAAGCUCUUCUAAUUAUUCAUAAAGUGUCAUUGACGCAAGUUGCUGGGGACAAACCCAGUGAGCACCAUAAAAUGUUUUUUAGCAGAAAGACAGAUUGAGUACCCCUGCCUCCAAAAAAUAAGUUAAUACAUGUGUGACAAUCUAAAAUAACAAUACAAUAUCUGUACACAGACCGGGUCUGGUCUUUGCAGCAAUGCAGAAAACAAGUUAUUUGCCUGAUGCAGUACUGUGAUCAAUCCAUACAUUCAAAUACUUGGGUGAUGCAAUGAAAUCUACAGAGAAACAUAAGCAGCUUAAUGAAUAACUAUUGAGAGCCUACUAUCAAGAAUAUGAGAACUGCCAGCCAUAAAUAACAAAACAGAGGCUGGGAUUUCACUUAGAUUGUGCGAGCCAUUACUUUUAAUUAAAAUCCAUGCAGUCCUUUACUUUCAUUAAUAUUCCUGGAAGAUAUGCACUGUAUCCAUUUCCACUGUAAAUAUCAAAAAGGCCUCUUUUCAUAAGUUCAUUGUCCAUGUCACUGACUCGCAUUAUGACAACAUGAUAAAUCACCUUAGAGGUAAGUCAAAGACUCCUAGGAAUGUCUUUCUGCAGGAUUUGCAGGUUUCGGAUCAUGUGAAUAUUCCUAUGGAUGAGGGAUUGCUCCAAAAUCACCCCCGUAAGCUAUUAUUUGUUUAAAUCUUCUUAACCCCUUAAGGAUACGUGACAUGUCAUGAUUCCCUUUUAUUCCAAAAGUUUGGUCCUUAAGAGGUUAAAUCGAUCUCUAUACAAGGAACAUUUCUUUCCUCAUAUUGACACACAGCAUCCAGAUCAUGAUCUAGGAGUAGAAGUAAGAGAUAAAAGUGGCAACAAAUAUUUUAGAAUUUCCAUGUUUUUCUAUUGACUCAUGAUGCGCCGCACAGUUGCAGAAUGCAGUAUCUUCUCAUUCUCAUUUGCCAACUCCAUUCAGUUCCUUUUGUCGUCUUCACGUGGUACUUGGUAGCUUAUACUUCCUCCUGGUAACCAACCAACCUUUAAAAUGGUACAAACAUACAGAGCAUAAUUUCUGAUUUUAUUUGUUUUCUCUCAGGCUAAAAGUCAGUUCAAACGCAGAUCCACAGCCAACAAUGUUGAGAUUCACAUUCCUGUGCCAAAUGAUGCAGACUCCCCAAAGUUUAAAACCACUGUGGGAAGUGUAAAAUGGGUUCCUGAGAACAGUGAAAUAGUGUGGUCUAUAAAGUCAUUCCCGGUAAGAAGAAAAAUCUAUGUGUAUAUGAAGUAAAGUUCCGCUUGUGUAUUCUUACAAACCCUGUAAUAUAUACAGAUUAUUUCUGGUGGAUUAAAAUGUUUUCAAAAAACCUAAUCUAGAGUUUCGCAACAAAAUGGCGUCUGUAUUUGGACGUGCUACAUUGAUGCAUGCCUGUGAUACAUAUAGAUUAGUGAUUUUACAUAAUUUAUGUAGAGAGAGAACCAGACCAUCAUUUGUAUUUAGAGAAAAGGGGGUUUCAGGAUAUAUUGUAUGAUUUUUCUGAUUAAAUGCCAAGAUUUCAGUUUAUAUAUAAAUCACUGUGUGUCAGUGUUCUAGUAAUCUUUUUUUGUUGCUCUAGGGUGGAAAAGAAUAUCUUAUGAGGGCUCAUUUUGGGCUUCCAAGUGUAGAGGCAGAGGAUAAAGAAGGCAAGCCUCCAAUCAGUGUGAAAUUUGAGAUUCCCUACUUUACUACCUCUGGGAUCCAGGUAACAUUUAGUUAUAUUGUGUAUUUAUUUGCAUUUAUAUAUAUAUUUUUUAAACUAAACUGUAAUCAGCUGCAUUAGCAAAAGCAAUCUCAUUUUGUUUUGCUUUUAUGUAUUUUAUCUUUUCACCCCAAUAUAUUUUUUAAAUAGGUUCGUUACUUGAAAAUAAUUGAAAAGAGUGGCUAUCAAGCUUUGCCAUGGGUGCGCUACAUAACCCAAAAUGGAGGUAAUAUUUACAGCUAUUUAGCUUGCCCCUUUCAGUUUUAUAUUUGGAAUGUAUUAUGGUUUUGGUCCUGGAACUUGAGACUUCAUGAAAAAAAAAGUAUGCAUUAUUUUAGAUAGGAAAUGCCAACCAUUGUAAAUAGAUUGCAAUUUCAGAAACUUCACAGAUAAUGUACAAAAAUAAAGAAGUGAAAUGGGCAUGGAAGCCAUGGAUAUAAAAGUUCAUAAUAUAUAUUUUUUGUAGGUUCCCAUUGGUUAGUGUAAUAUUAGAGUUGUUGAGUAUAUGUAGUUCCUUUGCAUUUAUCAACACUUAUAUUAAUUUGUAUUAAUCUACAUGAUUAUACUGACUUUGGCUUUUACCGAGUCGGGUUAUAUCCGUGGAAGCUGGUAUGAUAUAAAUCAUUUAGUAAUUGAAAUAGAUAUGCAGGGAUAUAUUGAAUUGUGCCUCUAAUUACUAAAUGCAGAAAUAUUUGUGUUUUCAAUCAUGUAAUAAUUGAAAGCGCAGAGCAAAAAAAUAUUAAACUUGUAGCUACAUUGAAGGAGGAAAACAUAAGCACAAUAAGAUGUGGUUAUGAUCUAAUGCAUUCAAGUAGGGUAACAAUACAGAAAUAUGUGGAAUACUGCACCACUGGCAAUUCACAGUAAUGCAUUGUUUUGUUCCUGUUUUUUUGUUGUUGUUUUUUUAUGUGAAAUAAGCAUUCCAAGGACAAUAACUACUACAUUAUUGUAAGUAGUCAAACCAUUUUAAGAAGGUUUGACCUCUUACCUGGGGUCCACCAGGAGCCAAUCCCCACUUCACUCUUUCCUAUAAAGAACCUGAAGCACCCCAGGUAAUAAGUCAAAACAUUUGGUUUGAUUGCUUACAGUAGGGGUUGCCAGACCACUCCUUGCAACAAAAUCAGUAACCAGCAAGCUGAGGUGGUUAUGAUGCUUGGAGUGGAACUUGAACCCCAAAAUCUAGUGGUUAUGGUGCUUAGUAUGUUCCUUUAACCAGAAAACCUCUUGCAUGUUAAUAGGGAAUUUUAUGUAUCAUACUUUUUUUUUUUCUUUUUCUUUAAUCCUUUCCAUAGACUAUCAACUUCGAACCCAGUAAGAAGAAUCCCUCUGUCUUUGGUUACAGCUUUGCUAUAAUUAGUUGAUACACCUGGUUAUUGUACUUUGCAGUGAAACUGAGGAAUUGUGCUGAAGAAAAGGCAGUACAUGGAAAAUAUUGUGGUAUACACAAAUCUUGAUGAAGAUUAGGUGCAUAAAUAAAAAAAAAAAUGUGACAGUGGCACCACUGUAAAACGCAUGUUUCUAAUUUUGAAGAGCUCUUUUGGAAAUGUGUUUCUGUCUAUGGUCAAUUAUACAAUUUUUUUUUUAUGUGCUAGAGGGUUUACCCUAUAUUCUAGCAAACUGUUUGUUAUCCAUUCUCUCUCUACAUACCUUAACUUCCUUAGCACCUGGGAGCAAAUCUGAGCUCUCUGGAGCAAUUAGCCUGAAUUAAGUAAUGAACGAGGACCAAUAUUCUUUGAAGCCUACUUAAGUAAUGACCUCAACAAAGUAAACCCUUAGUCUAUUUUAUUUUUUGUACUUAUGGUGGCUUUUGGCUUUUUUUUUUCCUUUCCAAAUAUGCUUUAUGUUUAACCAGGUCAGUGUUAAUAUAUUUUAGGCAAUCUCAAAUUAAACGUUUUGUUUAAUUGUCUAUUGGUAGCUUAAGACAAAAUAAAAUGCCACACAAGCUAUUGUGGUGUUAAUGGCAAAGAUUCUUCUAGGGGUGAAUCUUUUCCAGCCACUUGCAAGUUGGGUGGUCUGGUAUUUUAACAUCCCAUCUAUUAAAGGUCUAAAUAUAGUUUUAUUCAAGGCUUGCCAAGCUUAGAUGUGUGAUGGCAAUUCAAAUUGUUCUUUGACAUACAGUCAUGCCAUAAAGCUUCCUAUGUUGUCUGUUACAUUUUACAAGAUUUGUUAAAUGUGCUCAUUUUGGAGGACACCAAUGUAUCCCACAAUUUGUUUCUGUGUGUGUCCAAAAAAAAUACAUAGUUUUUCCAAAUAUUUAUAGAAAAAACAAUACUGUUUGCAGGUCCACUUUAUAUAUAAAUCAUAUCUAUGCACUGUGGUAGUGAAAAGCCUUUCUCUAAUUUAAUUGUAAUAUUUAACUAUUUCAGUGCAAAUGAUUCGGGUGGACACAUUGCCGAAUCAUUAAUAGUCUACAACUAUGUUAGCGGCUUAGCUAUGUAAAUUCACAACGUUUACUGGUGGAUAACCUUUUAGCAUAUAGUAUAUAUCACAUUGCUAAUAUUAAAAGUGAAAGAUGGAUCUUACUCAUCAAGUUAAAUUGGUCUUCAGAUUCAAAACAUAUGAUUUAUACUGUGAUAAAUAUGAAGCAAUCCAUUUGGUUGAUUUGCCUUGAUAAGUAUUUCAGAGUAGCAUCUUUUUUUUUUUUUUGUUGUUAGUAAUCUGCAUUUUGAAAAUGUUACAUUUGUUCUGACGUAAAAAAGUCUCUCUCUAGCACAAGGGUUCCCCAACAAUUCUAUUUUCAAUAUAGAAUUAUGAGAAUUGUCUGUUGUUGCAAAAACAGCUUUAAUAUAUCGUUAAUCCCUAAUUAGGUGCCAAAUUAUGUCACUUAAUCUAUUGAUCAGCCUCCAGGUACCCUAUUUCUACUUCUAUAACAGUUUGAUGGCCAAUAAUUCUAAAAGUAUAUUUUGCCAAAGUCUGGUUCAGUAAAAUAAACUUUCUUGGCUCUUAAUAUUGUGUAAGCAAAAUUGAUUUUUUUGGGAACAUAAAAUAAAAUUUGUGCCAGCACAUUCUGUAUCCUAUGUAGCCAGCGUUUUUUCUUUUAAUUUGCCUUACAUCACUGGUUUUACAUGUGAACAACUGUUAUUGUACCCCAGGCAAAAAAAAUUUCAUUAACACAAUAGCAGUGAUCAGAAAGUGAAUACAUGCAGUCACCUAAUAUGUACUAUUGUCACAUGUGUAUCAACAUUUCUUAAAUAUGAAAUAAAGGAAAGCAUUUCAUAUUAUGUU